AAAAGCUUUCGCAGAUCGAAGGGAAAGAUGGCCAAGGACGCGGUGACCGUGCAAGUACCGUCGCAAGACCCGAAGAAGAAGACGAGCGACGAGCCCGUUCCCGGGAAGCAGAAGGACCCGACGGCCAACGACAAGGUGGCGGACCCCGAGGACCUCUCGGAAGAGGACAAGCAGCUCAAGGAAGACCUCGAGAUGAGCGUUGCGCGCAUCUGCGACCCGGCCGAGCAGACCGGCGUCAAGACGCACGCGCUCGAGACGCUCCGCCAGCUCAUCCGCACGGCCACGUCGAGCAUGACGUCGGUGCCCAAGCCGCUCAAGUUCCUUCGGCCGCACUACGACGUGCUCAAGACGUCGUACGCUACGAUCACGACGCAGAAGGAGCUUGCCGACAUCUUGGCCGUCCUGGCCAUGACGAUGGCCCCCGAAGGCUCGCGCGAAAGCCUUCACUACAAGCUCAAGGGCAACUCGACUGAGCUCGGCCUUUGGGGCCACGAAUUCGUGCGGUCGCUGGCUGGCGAAGUCGGCGAGGAAUACACGGCGCGCGUCACCGGCCCAACGGCGCGACGGCCAAGGUCGACGACCUUAUGGCGAUGGUCGAUGCCAUCGUGCCUUUCCACAUGCAGCACAACGCCGAGCCGGAGGCGAUCGAUAUUCUCAUCGAGGUCCAAAAGCUGGACAAGCUUCUUGAAUCCAAGGAAAUCGACGACAAGAACUACCAGCGUGUGUGCUUGUACCUCUUGGCGUGCGCCGACUUUAUGUCGGACCCGGACGACCUCCAGACGUUGCUGCAGACCGCGUACGCUGUCUACAUCCGCGUCGAGCAGUACCCGGACGCGCUCCGCGUCGCGCUUCGCAUGGGCAGCGAAGAGCUCGUCGCCGACGUCUUCUCCAAGUGCACCAACACGGCGACGCGCCACCAGAUGGGCUACAUUCUUGGCCGCCAGCGCUUUUGCUUUGAAGACGAGCACGACGCGUCGGCCAACGACAUGAUUAGCAACACAGACUUGAGCGACAAGUUUUUGGCGCUCGCGCGUGACCUCGAUGUCGUCGAGGCCAAGACGCCCGAAGACAUUUACAAGUCGCAUUUGAGCGAGACGGGCAGCGUGGCCCGCGGCCGCGACUCGAACGCGCCGACGGACUCUGCGCGCGCGAACCUUGCGUCGACCUUUGUCAACGCGUUUGUCAACGCUGGCUACGGCACAGACAAGCUCAUGACGGUCGAGGGCAACAACUGGCUCUACAAGAACAAGGAGCAUGGCAUGACGAGCGCGGCCGCGUCGCUCGGUAUGAUCAUGCUCUGGAACGUCGAGGAAGGCAUUACGCAGAUCGACAAGUUCCUCUACUCGGGCGACCACCACAUCAAGGCCGGCGCGAUCCUCGGUGUCGGCAUCGUCAGCGCUGGCAUCCGCAACGAGUGCGACCCCGCGCUCGCGCUCCUCGCCGAACACGUCGACUCUGGCAACUGCUCGAUCCGGUGCGCCUCGUGCCUCGGCCUCGGCAUCGCCUACGCUGGCUCGUCGCGCGAAGACGUCUCGGAGCUGCUAAUCCCGGUCGUGUCGCACGCCGAUGAGAACGCGGAUAUCCAAGAGGUGGCAUACGCGGCGCUCGCGCUCGGCAUGGUCGAGGUCGGCACGUGCGACGAAGAGGCCGGUAGCGUCAUCAUGCAGCGCCUCAUGGAGAGCACGGACGCGGAGCUCGACUCGUCGUGCGCCCGCUUCCUCUGCCUCGGCCUCGGCUUGCUCUACCUCGGGCGCCAAGAACGCGUCGACGCGAUGCUCGAAGCGGCCAAGACCAUCUCGCACCGCAUCUCCAAGUACCUCUCGAUCACGCUCGAGACGUGUGCGUACGCGGGUACGGGCAACGUGCUCAAGGUGCAGUCGCUCCUCCGCGAGUGCGCCACGCACUAUAUUGAAGACGUCAAGGAAGGCGCGCACCAGAGCGCGGCGGUGCUCGGUAUCGGUCUUGUCGCAAUGGGCGAGAACGUGGGCACGGAGAUGGCGAUGCGCACGUUUGACCAUCUGCUGCAGUACGGCGAGGUGAACGUCCGUCGCGCGGUGCCGUUGGCUCUGGCGCUCUUGAGCAUCUCGAACCCCGAGUACACGCUCAUUGACACGCUCUCGCGCCUCACGCACGACGUGGACGCGGGCGUCGCGCAGAGUGCGAUUCUCGCGCUGGGUCUGGCGUCGGCCGGUACCAACAACUCGCGCGUCGCCGGUCUCUUGCGCCAGCUCUCGGAGUUUUACAGCCGCGAAGCCAACCACUUGUUUGUCACACGCAUCGCACAGGGGCUGCUGCACAUGGGGAAGGGUCUCAUCACGCUGCACCCGUUCCACUCGGACCGCCUCAUCAUGUCGCGCGUCGCCGUUAGCGGCCUCCUCGCCGUCCUCCACGCGUCGCUCGACAUGGAAAAGACGAUUUUCGACAACUCGCACUACUUUUUGUACUGCAUUGUCACGGCGAUGCAGCCGCGCAUGCUCAUUACGGUCGACGAAGACGGCAACCCGCUGCCUGUCUCGGUCCGCGUCGGUCAAGCGGUCGAAGUCGUCGGGCAGGCGGGCCGUCCCAAGUCCAUCACGGGGUUCCAGACACACAACACGCCCGUUUUGCUCAACGUCAAGGACCGUGCCGAGCUCGCGACGGACGAAUACCUCGCGCACACCAACGUCCUGGAGGGAGUUGUCAUUUUGCGCAAGAACCCCGACUUCAAGCCCGACGCCUAAGGAGCUGCGUUCAUUUGUAUAGCGUCACACUUCAACUACCUACCCUUUGUGCCUGC